AUGGACGCCGAACAUGCGAGCCGGAUAUCAAGAGGGUACACGGCCCAGCUUGUGCGCCAGUCAGUUGACCCAAAGGAAGUAUCCGGAGCGGCGCAUAUCUCGCACAUGUCUUCACAUUGCGCUACGCUACAAGUUCAAUUGGCCAUGGUCGUCAUAUCUCCAGACCGGGAGUGCGCCUCCGCCAGCGUCAAGGUGCGGCGCCGAGCAGGCGAGCGCAACCCUCCGCCUACUGCAUACGGCCAAAGCGCCUUGCUCGGCCUCGAGGGCUGGAACAAGCAAUGCGCUGGUUUGCAAACGUUCGACAAGAGACGGGCCCGCGUCCUGAAUUCAUCUUUUGCACGCCGCCCUGCCCAGCCAGCAGGUCGAGAGCGUGCCAUGCUAGAUUAG